AUAUCGUUGGCGUUCGUAGUCGAGUACUGUACUAUAUACGACACCGUGUUCUGUGUGUGUUUAACUUCCAGUGUAUACAGAUGUACGAGAAACAGCCCCUUGGACCUGAGUGUCCACAGUCCGGAGACUACUUGACCAUGUUGUCCACCAAAUCUCCGUAUGAUGCGGUCAGCGGCAGCAACUACCCGACUUCUCUACCCAGCAUGAACAGCAUCGGGAACAUGGGUACAAUGACUACCAUGGGGAUGAGCAAUGUAAGUUACUCUCCUCCAGCCAUGGGGGGUAUGGGCACCAUGACACCCCCCGGGAUGACGAGUAUGGGGAUGGGCGCACCCAUGGGCAUGCACGGGAGUAUGCAUGCAGGAAUGAACUCUAUGAACUCUAUGAACGGGAUGUCCGGGAUGUCCAGCAUGGGACAAAUGCCCAUGAACGGGAUGAGUGGCGCUAUGUCUCCAAUGAGGAUGGAUACUUUUAACAGGGCACAGGCUAUCAACCGGGCCCGGGACAAGACGUACCGCCGUAGUUAUACUCAUGCUAAACCUCCAUAUUCCUACAUCUCACUUAUAACUAUGGCCAUUCAGCAAUCGCCAAACAAAAUGAACACUUUGAGUGAGAUUUACCAGUUUAUCAUGGAUUUGUUCCCGUUUUACCGCCAGAAUCAACAACGCUGGCAAAACUCUAUCCGUCACAGUCUGUCCUUUAACGACUGUUUUGUGAAAGUUCCAAGGACCCCGGAUAGGCCCGGAAAAGGAAGCUACUGGACUUUACACCCAGAUUCGGGAAAUAUGUUCGAAAAUGGAUGUUACCUCCGAAGACAGAAACGUUUCAAAUGUGUGAAAAAGGAAAUGAUUCGACAAGCGUCCCGUCACGGGGAUUCUGUAGACGGAAGUGAAGGUUCUAUGUCUCCACGGGGUGAUCCGUGCUCGCCUCAUCCGCCUCCUCCGUCUCCCCCCGGAAAUGUGCCUGUGACUCUAGCGGAAACCAAGAGGGAACCACUGCAGCCGAUCGAGCACACUCCUCCCCCUCCCCCUCCGCCUCAACAUCAGCAGCAGGCGCAGCAGGCCCCUCCACCCCCGCCCGUGUCCCUGGGCCACGAGAUGCCACCACACUCGAUGAGACACAUGCAGCACGACCCUAUACACCAGGGCUAUCACCCUCAUCACAACCCCACCCACUCAUUCAACCACCCGUUCUCGAUAAACAGUUUAAUUACAGAUAGCAAAAUGGACCUUAAAAUGUACGAAAUGCAGGGUGGCUAUGGGUACAACCCCAUGGGACUCCCGGUGAUGGGAGGUAAGGACUCUAUGGGGGUCGGGCCUAUGCAGCCCGCCCCUGACGGUUACUACAAGACGUACGCACCCCACUCAACGGCGGCGUUAUGACUAGAGCUGUGAACAGAACGUUUUGACAAUUUUUAUACUUUAAGGCAGGAACAAAUGCUAAAUACCAAAGAUUUUAUUGUUCACAUAUGAAGACAUUUUUCUUGUAUAUGAACUCGAGAUGUGUAUGUGUUUUACAAGUGGUGAAUAUGUGUUCGAACCCAAAUGACGCGUUGUAUGUACUGUUCUGUGAAUCCUUGGAUGUGUGUGAACAUUUUUUGUCCGGGAGGAUAUCGGACCUGGAUAUUGAAGGUGACUUACCGAACUUUUUCCCUGGGAGGUAUAAUUAAAUUAGUGUUAAUUUAUUUCGUCUUGACACAAACACUAGCUUUGACGAUAAAUGUGUAAAUGGAAUUCUAGAAGAUGUUCUAUUUCUUUCUCUGUUAAAUGUGAUCGGUCUCUGAAGAGUAAUACAUCUGCAUGGCCGCUUUUCUACUGGAAAUGUGAGCUCUAUCAUUCAGAUUUAUAUAUUAUUAUAUAUAUUUAAGAGUUAUAAUUUUUGCUGUUGUAGAUAAUGGUUCAUAAGAAUUAUACUAUUUUCCAGAUAAAA